AUGUCCAUGGCCAGAUAUGUGGACGAUCCGGCUCCAUCCAAACCGUUUGCGGAUCCAGAGAGUCCCGAGCCCUUUCGCAUUCCACCCGGUCGAGAGCUUCGACGCAGCAGAAUAGAACGCAAGACCUCGGUCGAGACCGCCCUGCGAAAGAACCCCGUCAGCUCGCCGCCAUCCAUUCCGCCCAGCUCCAUCUCGCGCUCGCCCAACCUGCCCGAGUCGCUCGCCGCCGUUGAUUCGAAAAAGCCCUUCCUCGUCGAGCGCCGUGUGUGGUCCUAUCAGCCCUCGAAGCUGUCGUCUUCCUUUGGCCCCGGCGACUCGGACUCGAACUCGCCUGCUCCUGCGCUGUCAUCCCGUGCCUCCAGUCUCGACUAUCCGUGCCUGGACGUGGACCAGGUCUAUCUGGACUCGAGCGACGACGGCUCCUCCGAAGUCGACUCGCCCGUCUCGCAGGCCCAUUCGACUUUGCGCAAGCGUCAGAUAAAGCUGCCUCUCGGCAUCCACCUGGCCAUCCUCUCGGCCUCCAAGCUACAGGAGGCCAAGAGCGUCGUCGCCACCAAGGGUGCUCAGCUCAGCAAGGUGGUCCUCUGCCAGAAUCUGCUCAAUUACCUCAUCCGCAACGGCACCUCUGGUCCGCACUCGAGCCCCCACUCUGUUUCCGGGAGCCUCAGCGAAUCCGACGACUUUGACGAUUUCGAUGCCGCCUUCGACGACUCGGACUGUGAUACCGAUAUCCACCAGCCCAUUGCCCUCACACGCUCCGACCCACAUAGCCGCCGAAGCAGCGGAGGUGCCAGCGACGACCGAGACCUGACGGCGGUUGAGCCCGUCGACCGGCCUUCGUCGACACCGUCGCCGCCGCCGCCGCCGCCGCCGCCGCCGCCCUAUCGCAAGCGACAUUUGUCUGUCACCCUCAAGGCCUCAUCCGAGUUCACGCCGAUUCUGCCCAUAAGCCAGGACCCGAACAGCACCGUGUCCUACUAUAUCGACGCUCCCGAUCUUCCUCGCUCGCCGCUGUCACCAAACCAAGAGUCCCCCGCCUCGACCGAAGGAGGCCUGAUCCAUCUCCAGCCCACCGCCGCCUCCCAGAGCCAGAUCAAGAUCGACAUCUACCCCCCCAGACUCUCCGACCUGGUGCCCGAUACCAAGGGUCUGUUCUCUGUCGGUCUCACGCGCGGCCAGAUCCUCAAAAAGUUCGAUGACUUCAAGACCAAGACCAAGGAAACCUUUUCCAAAUGGGACUCGCUCAAGAAGAUGCGUUCGGGAACACUCGCAGCCGACCCUCUUCCCGAUGCCGGCGACGAGGCGUUCGCUGCUGACCCCACCGCCAACGGGCCCUCUAUCCCCACUCCACGCGGCUCUCUUACACCUGCCUCCGCCAUUACACCAAGCAAAGCCUUCCCCGGCUCACUGAGAGUACCCGUUCCUAGUUCGUCUGCGAUUCCUGCGGCUCCUACAGUCCAGCCGUCGCCGCCCACCCUCAAUGCAAGUCCGUAUCCGCCUCCAUCGCCCUGGCCUCCGACUCCAAUGUCGUCGGCACUGGUCUCUCCCAAAUCCGCGCCUCUUCUGAGUCCAACAGUGCCGCCCCCGUCCGAUUCAAAGAACCCACCACGGGUGUCGUUCCAGCCCACGUCAUCGCAGGCUCAACAGCGCUCGCUGCUUCCAAACCCGCGCCGGACAUCCACCGGGUCUCUCAAGGCCAUCUUUCUUCGCAGCGCCAGCCCCGAGGAGCCGGUGGCCCAGCUGUCGUCCCAGUCCAGGGUCUUUGGCCUGCCCUCAAAGUCGCCCUCAGCUGCUUCGAGCCGGCCGUUCUCAAAGAAGUGGACGCUGUUGAAACCCCGCGUCGCCGACUCGUCUGUGUGA